AUGCCAGUACUGCAAGUCAACAUCAAGCACGCGGGCAAGACCCUCCCGCUCCUGCUCGACACCGACCAGCCCGCCGCCGCCUUCAAGCACGCCGUCAGCGCCGCCACGCGCGUCCCCGCCGACAGGCUCAAGGUCAUGCUCAAGGGCGGCGUCCUCAAGGACGACACCGACUGGAGCAAGGUCGCGCCGAAAGCCGGCCAAACAUUCAUGGUCAUCGGCGCCGCCACCGAGCUCCCCAAGCCCCCGCCCGCCCCCACCGUCUUCAUCGAGGACCUCCCCGACACCGAGCUCGCUCGGGCCUCCGCCGCCCUCCCCGCCGGCCUCCGCAACCUCGGCAACACCUGCUACAUGAACGCCACCGUGCAGGCCCUGCGCGCCAUCCCCGAGUUGCAGACCGCUUUGGACAAUGCCCCCGCCGCCGCGCUCGGCCCGCUCCCCCGGGCUUUGCGCGACUUGUACAGAAAUAUGCGCGAGACGACGGAGCCGGUCACGCCGAUGGCCUUCCUCAGCGUGCUCCGCCAGGUCGCGCCGCAGUUUGCGGAGAUGGACAGGACAAAGGGCGGCGUGAUGCGCGGGUACGCGCAGCAGGACGCGGAGGAGUGCUGGACGGCGAUCGCCAACGCGCUCAAGGACGUCCCCGGCCCCUCCGGCGCGGGCAGGUUCGUCGAGCAGUACAUGCAGGGCGAGAUUCGCCGCGAACUCAAGACCGCCGAGGCCCCCGACGAGCCCCCGACCGUCGCGCACGAAAGGGUGCUCAAGAUCGAGUGCAACAUCACCGGCAGCACCAAUUUCAUGCUCCAGGGCAUUCUCAGCGCGCUCACCCAAGAAGUCGAAAAGACCUCGCCGACGCUCGGCCGGCAGGCCGCGUACACGCAGACCGCGCGCCUCGCGCGCCUGCCGGCGUACCUCACCGUGCACAUGGUGCGUUUCGCGUGGAGGAGGGAUAUCAGUAGGAAGGCGAAGAUUAUGCGCAAAGUAAAGUUCCCGCCCGAGUUCGACGCGCUCGACCUCGUGACGGACGAGCUGCGCGCGCGGCUCGCCCCGCUCAACCGCCGGCUGCUGGACGUCGAGAAGGCGCGGAGGGACCGGCGGAACGUGCGCCGGCGGACGAAGGCGCCUACUGCUUCCACUGCCUCUUCAACUACUCCUGGAGCGGGGUCAACUAACACUGACGCUGGCGCCGGGUCGACUACCACUACCAGUACUAACACUGAGGGCGCCCCGAUGGAGGUGGACGCGCCGGAGAAGAGCGAGGCGGCGUGGGUCGCGGAGGAGCGGCGCGAGCUGGAGGCGCUCGUGAGCGAGGAGCUCAGGCGCGACGAGGGGUGCAGUCUGCACGGGCUGUACGAGCUUGUCGCGAUCGUGACGCACAAGGGCGCGGCGGCGGACGCGGGGCACUAUAUCGGGUGGGCGAAGCGGAGCGCGUUCCGACGCGGGGAUGGUGGGGGCGCGGACGAGGAGGAGGAUGAUGAGUGGCUGAAGUUUGAUGAUGAUAAGGUGAGCGUGUUCCCCGCGGAGAAGCUGGGCACGCUCGACGGCGGCGGGGAGGACUCGGCGGCGUACGUGCUGCUUUAUAGGAGUCGGCCGCUGUAG